UUCUCCUAAUAAAUAAGAGGUCAAACAAAACCAAAAAUAACCCAAUAAAAAAAAUUCACACAUCCUUUCUCUCACGGUUUCAGCUUUCACUGUAUCUCCCUCUAACCUCUUGAACUUGCUUUGACGUUACUAAGAAUUAUGGCAGAAAAUUCGGGAUGUCGUGGCCGAGGUAGGCCUAAGAGAAAUACGGAAGCACCUUUGGAAUUUAAUGAAGACUGGUGGAAGCAGAUGAUGCGAGUAAUGCAAGAGCAAACAGAUGUUCUUGCUAAUUUGGUUAAUUGCUCGGUUCAACCUCCUCCUCCACCUCCGCCUGAAAACCCGAAUCAGUUCUUCUUUGACAUUUUCCAACUCAACCCUCCGUCUUUCGUUGGAGGGGACCACCCGUUGGAGGCCCAAUCUUGGAUAAGAGAACUGAAUAAGAUUUUUAAAAUUGUCCAGUGCACGGACGAACAAAAAGUAAAAUUUGCCGCGUUUAUGCUUAAGGGAGCAGCGGAUUAUUGGUGGGAGGGGGAAGAAGCCAGAAUGAUAGCUAAGGGAAACAAGAUAGACUGGGAAAGUUUUCAAGAAGUGUUCCUUGAUAGGUAUUUCCCGAAGUUUCUACAGAGACGGAAGGAACAAGAAUUUAUUCAUAUUCAGCAAGGUGAUGAUAUGUCUGUGGCGGAGUAUGUGGCUGAAUUCGAAGAGUUGGCUAGGUUCGCAGCCCAUUCUGUUUUCGUCUCGAAUGAAGAGUUGAAAAUUGAGAUUUUUGAAAGGGGAUUAAGGUCUGAUAUCAGAAUCAGCUUAGUCCCACAUGAGUUCACAAACUAUACCUCAUUAGUGCAUAAGAGUUUCAUCGCGGAAGACGGUUUGAAGAAGAUUGAGGAAGAAUGCCAACAGGAAUGGGAGCAGUCGGAGAGUCAGAGUCCGAGCCCGACUAAGUAUUCUCAACAUCUGAAGGUCAGAGUUUCUCAGAACAAAGGCAAACAAGUCCGAGGCUCGAAUUCGCCUCGGGCGAGUAAGUGUUACGAAUGUGGGAAGAAUCAUGUUGGAGAAUGUCUGGCUGGAAAGAAUGUGUGUUUUUGGUGCAAGCAGCCUGGACAUGUGAUUCAGAACUGCCUUGUGCUACAAGCAAAAGGAAGCAGCUAAAGGAUAGUCAUUAUCUUAUCUUUGAUUUUGAGUUGAGUUAGGCUUAAUGCAAUCAAUGGAAGAAAAUGUAUGAAAACUUGCAUUACUCACUUGUGAAGUUUUCUCUGUAAUCCCAAUGUUGAAUGCUUGAUGGUGCUCAGUAAUAUAUAAACUAGUUUUUUUUUGUACAAGUUUAUAAAUGUUUCCUGGAUAAAGAUCAACAAAAUAGAAAACCAACAAGAGGAAAUAUAAUAUAAGAAUGUUGCAACGUC